AUGGGUUGGGUUAGCAUGGGUUGGGUUGGCAUGGGUUGGGUUAGCAUCGGUUGGGUUAGCUGGGGUUGGGUUAGCUGGGGUUGGGUUAGCAUGGGUUGGGUUAGCAUGGGUUGGGUUAGCUGGGGUUGGGUUAGCUGGGGUUGGGUUAGCAUGGGUUGGGUUAGCAUGGGUUGGGUUAGCUGGGGUUGGGUUAGCUGGGGUUGGGUUAGCAUGGGUUGGGUUAGCAUGGGUUGGGUUGGCAUGGGUUGGGUUAGCAUGGGUUGGGUUAGCAUGGGUUGGGUUAGCAUGGGUUGGGUUAGCAUGGGUUGGGUUAGCAUGGGUUGGGUUGGCAUGGGUUGGGUUAGCAUGGUUGAUGCCUGUCAUGUUGGUGAAGUGGAGAUGAUCCUUUGGUCAAAGUUGAAUCAGAAGAACAGAGACAGUGGAGGAAGACGAGCCGCUCCCUCCUGCAAGAAGAGAGGAAGUCUGAGGUGGUCCAGGUGUCCUCAGUCUGAGGUGGUCCAGGUGUCCUCAGUCUGA